AUGGUCACACCCACCCCAUCUCCAACCACCUCUGCGAAACCGAUAACGCCAGUCGUACCUACCACCACAAAUGCAAGCUGUGGGAUGACCACAAAGACUCUUAAAGGUCACAAGCUCGCCAUCCUCAUUGGUAGCAUUACCCUCGUGACCUUCCUCGCACUAAUCGACACUUCCAUCAUUGGCACGGCUAUACCUGCGAUAACCACAGACUUCCAUUCUUUACCAGACGUAGGAUGGUACAUCGGUGUAUAUACGCUCGCAUCCGCCACACUGCCACCUCUCUCCGGCAAAUUCUAUACCCAUUUUCCCACUAAAGGUGUUUACUUGUGCUUCGUAUUUGUCUUCGAGUUAGGCAGCUUGAUAUGUGGCAUCGCACCUAAUAGCACAGCUUUCAUCGUCGGUCGUGCAAUCGCGGGGCUCGGUGUUGCUGGGUUGAUCAAUGGGGCAUUGAGUAUUAUAGCCGCCAGUGUGAAGAGGGAGAAGAGUCCUUUGUAUACUAGUAUCUUGAUAGGAGGGUCGCAGGCAGGCAUCGUGGUUGGACCAUUAAUUGGUGGAGCAUUGACUGAGCAUAUGUCAUGGAGAUGGUGCUUUUAUAUCAAUUUGCCCAUCGGUGGCAUCGCAGCAGUCAUAUUUGCUCUAAUCAAUGUUCCGGACGACCUGAACAAGGAAGCCUUCUCUUUGCAGCUCGUGCGCAGAGUCGUUCCACGACUUGAUCUCUGUGGCUUCUUGUUGUUCGUUCCGGCAAUCGUGAUGAUCCUCCUUGCGCUACAGUUCGGCUCCGGAAAUACCUUCGCGUGGAAAAGCGCCACACUUAUCAGCCUGUUUGUCGGUGGUGCGGGGAUGGCAAUCAUCUUCAUACUCUGGGAGCGACACAUGGGCGAGCGAGCCAUGCUUCCAGGUGGCUUGAUCAAGCAGCGCACUAUCUGGACAAGCUGCGUAUACGGGAUCAACUUCCUUCCUACGUAUUUUCAGGCGGUAAAAGGCGACAGUCCCACGAUGAGUGGAGUGCACGUCUUACCAAGCAUCUUAAGCCUGUUAUUAUGUGUCGUAAUCUCAGGAGCACUCAUGACAAAAUUCGGAUACUACCUACCUUGGGCUUUCGCUAGUGCCAUUGUACUGACUGUCGGAAAUGGACUUAUUUCGACCUUUUCACCAACGACAAUAGUCGCGCACUGGGUUGGCUUCCAAAUACUUAUCGGUGCAGGACGGGGCCUGGGAAUGCAAACUCCUCUCAUUGCAGUCCAAAAUGCAGUCUUACCUCGACAGGUCCCAAUUGCCAUGGCUUUCUUGGUCUUUCUCCAGAACCUCGGUACGUCGAUCGGUAUCGUGCUCAGAAAUACGAUAUUUGCGCAGACUCUCACCGAUAAGAUCCCGAAAUAUGCGCCUUCGGUAUCUACUGAGGCAGCUUUGAAUGCAGGCUCGAAUCCCGGCGCGAUCCGGCAUUUGGUUGAUGGGCACGAAUAUGAACUCAACGGCGUCUUGCUAGCGUACUCAGAAGGUUUCAGGAAUAUCUUCUUCUUCCUGGUGGGCAUUUCCAGUAUUGCAGUACUUGUUAGCAUCGGCAUGGGUUGGGUAGACGUAGGAAAGAGGGCAGAGGAGAAGGACAUAGUGGCGGAAGUUGGAGGAAACCAGAACGAGAAAGCGGACGGAAAGAAGAUGGGUGACACUUAG